CAGAGGCAGUUUCGUUUUCUACAGAAGCAGAGAAGGCAGGGAAGGAGAGGCAGUGCUGCUGUUGUGGUUGUGUGUCCGAUUGUGGAGUGGGAAAACUGUGAGGAUGAGUCAGUGGUAUAAACUACAGCAGCUGGAUUCCAAAUUCUUGGAACAAGUGCACCAGCUCUAUGAUGAUAGCUUUCCAAUGGAAAUCAGACAAUACCUGGCACAGUGGCUGGAAGGCCAAGACUGGGACCAUGCCAGCAGUGAUAUUUCGCUGGCAACCUUGCUGUUCCAGAACCUUCUGUCACAGCUGGAUGACCAGUACAGCCGGUUCACACAGGAGAACAACUUUCUGUUGCAGCACAACAUCCGAAAAAGUAAAAGGAACCUACAGACUACUUUUGAGGAAGACCCCAUGUACAUGGCCAUGAUGAUCUCCAAGUGUUUGAACGAAGAAAGGAAAAUCCUCCAAGCUGCUCAGUCAGCAGAACAGAUGCAGGUGGGGAAUGUUCAGAAUGCAGGAACGCUGUGUCGGGUGAGGGAGCGGGACAGCAAAGUGAAAGGUGUAAAGGACAGCGUCACAGAAAUAGAGCAGAUCAUCAAAACUCUGGAGGAUGCCCAAGAUGAAUAUGACUUCAAAUUUAAGACCUUGCAGGUUAGAGAAGGAGAAGCCAAUGGCAUGACCCAGGAUGACUGCAAAAAGGAAAGCCUGCAGCUCCACGCCAUGUAUUUGCAGCUUCACAACAUGAGAAUGGAUGUACUUCACAAGAUCGCAACUGCGCUGACUUUAGCAGAACACACUCAGAAUGCUUUGAUCCAAGAAGAACUUGUGGAAUGGAAGAGUCGGCAACAGAUUGCUUGCAUUGGAGGCCCACCAAAUGCGUGUCUCGACCAGCUUCAAAACUGGUUUACCACGGUAGCUGAGAGUCUUCAGCAGAUUCGCCAGCAGCUGAAAAAACUGGAGGAGCUGGAGCAAAAAUAUUCAUAUGAAACAGAUCCUAUCCCACAGCAGAAGCAAGGACUGCAUGACCGGACGCUGAAUCUUUUCAAUCAGCUCAUUCAGAGUUCCUUUGUGGUAGAAAGGCAGCCUUGCAUGCCUACACAUCCCCAGAGGCCGCUGGUUUUGAAGACUGGAGUCCAGUUUACGGUUAAGCUGAGAUUGCUGGUGAAAUUACAAGAGCUGAACUACAAAUUGAAGGUCCAGGUUGUGUUUGAUAAAGAUAUCGGUGAGAAAAAUCCCCCAGUGAAAGGGAUUAGAAAAUUCAAUAUCUUAGGAACAAAUACCAAAGUGAUGAACAUGGAGGAGUCAAAUGGAAGCUUGUCUGCAGAAUUUAGACAUUUGCAAUUGAAGGAACAAAAAAAUGUUUCAAGGACUAAUGAGGGACCUCUUAUAGUAACAGAGGAACUGCAUUCUCUCAGUUUUGAAACUACACUGGAACAGGGUGGGGCCAUCAUUAAAUUAGAGACAACCUCCCUUCCUAUUGUUGUAAUUUCCAAUGUCAGCCAGCUGCCAAGUGGAUGGGCAUCUAUUUUGUGGUACAACAUGCUGACCAAUGAGCCAAAGAACGUAUACUUCUUCCUUAACCCUCCUUGUGCGAGGUGGUUUCAGCUUUCUGAUGUCCUAAGUUGGCAGUUUUCUUCCGUCACCAAAAGAGGACUCAAUGUAGACCAGCUAAACAUGCUGGGGGAAAAGCUUCUUGGUGGAAGAUGCAACCCAGAUGACCUUAUUUCUUGGGCACGGUUCUGUAAGGAAAACAUAAAUGAUAAAAAUUUCCCCUUCUGGUUAUGGGUUGAAGGAAUACUUGAACUCAUUAAGAAACACCUCCUCUCCCUCUGGAAUGAUGGAAGUAUCGUGGGUUUUAUUAGCAAAGAGCGGGAGCGAGCCCUGCUAAAUGGUAAAGCAAGUGGUACUUUUCUCCUGCGAUUCAGCGAAAGUAGCCGAGAGGGUGCAAUCACCUUUACCUGGGUAGAAGGACCAGCAAACGAUCCUUACUUCCACUCGGUGGAGCCCUACACACGGAAGGAACUCACUGCCGUUAGUCUCCCUGAUAUCAUUCGCAACUACAAAGUGAUGGCAGCAGAGAAUAUUCCUGAAAAUCCACUGAAGUUCCUUUAUCCAGAGAUCCCCAAGGACAAUGCAUUUGGCAAAUACUACAGCAGGCCCAAAGACUCUGCAGAACCCAUGGAUGUUGAUGGCGGAAGGAAAGGAUACAUCAAAACUGAACUAAUCUCUGUGUCUGAAGUCCAUCCUUCCAAACUGCUCUCCACCGAGAACCUCUUGCCUCUGUCUCCUGAAGAUUUUAGUGCAGUCACACAAGAGAUAAGCCCUACAGAACUUAUGAUAUGUUCAGAAUAUGCAUCAUAAGGGUGUGCUGAACUGACCCGUGGCAAAGCUUGUUAUUUUGUUAUAUACCUACCUGUUAGUUUGCAGCUGCUUGAGCACUUUCUUAAGGCUUUAGAGGUUGUAGUGUGUGCUUGCCCUCUCUUAGUAUACUCUACAGCCCUGGCCCUUUGUGUAGUCAAGAGUCACUUGAAAACAUAGGAAGGCAUCCUUGUCUCCAAGGAGAAAUGUUAGCUAGCCAUCUUGCGUGUAACAUUUUCCUGCUGCCCUAUUUAGUGACAGUCAAAACCAAUGGUUAUGAACCUAUGGCAGAAGGGGCACACAGCGCUCUGUCUCCUGGCACACGUGCCAUCACCCACUCCCUUCCCCCACUGCUAGCUCUUGCUUGCUCACCCCCACUUCCUUGCUCACUUCCUACUCCCACUUGCCCACUUGCUUUCCCACCCCCAGCCCACUCUCUUCAAGUGCCCCCACUUCCCACUGGUUUGGGCUCUCCAUCUCUAAAAUGUUUGUCAUCACUGAUAUAAAUGUAGGUGGAUGAAACACAUUUUAGUAAGUGUUUCAAAAACAGUGUUAGUUGCAUCCUUGUGUAGUCAAAACUUUGUAAUGGUUGAGAGGUAUUAUGACUUAGAAGAAACGUCUGAUUUUCUAGGAACUGGGAGCAAGCUACAUAACAACAAUGCCAUACAUCUUUUGGGUGGUAGACAUGCCCAUUAAUUGCCUUAAAAUUGGCAAAAAAUGGUGCCCUUGGAACCAUUGAAGCUAUCUUAUAUAUUAUAUGGAUGGACAGCUGGUUCUGCACAUUUUUUCAGCUUCAAUUUCCAGAAUCCGUUAGUAGCGAUUAAAUUCUAGUUAUGACUUGUGACUUAGAAAUACGCAGAGAGGCACAAUUGUCCAUCCCCUGGUAUUAUAAGAUGGGGGAAGGGUGGAGUUAGGUUUGUAGUAGCAGAACGAUAAUCCAAGAGAGAAACAGCACAUUUUUCCAAAACGGCAAAGUUCUGGGAGGGAUUGAAUCAGAGGAGUAGUGUUCAACCACAAGAGAGUAGGCCAAACUUUGGGGGUAUACUUCAAAGACUGGCGAAAAAUACAUUUCCUUACUCUCAGCUUUUCUUGGAUAUCCCUUGACCUAGGAAUUUUUGCUCUUGUUCUCAACCUGUGGGUCCUCAGUUGUUUUGGCCUUCAACUCCAAGAAAUCCCAGCCAGUUUACCCACUUUUAGGAUUUCUGGGGGUUGAAGGCCAAAACAUCUGGGGACCCACAGGUUGAGAACCACUGUUUCAAAGGGAUAAGCUGCUUCACUCCUUUUGGGAGCCUUAAGACAACAUUGCCUUGGUUGUUGAGGUAGUAACCAAUGCUGUUCUGACAAUAAAACAAGUGAUAGUGCUGCUACAGAGUUCAAGCAGGGGCGCUAAAAGCAAGCCAAGCCAGCAGCCAGUCGAGGUGUGGUCAAGCAGAUUUGUUUGUCGAAUUGUGUGCUAACAAACCACUGCGUUCCUCUGUGAUUGUGUGCAUCAGACUAUGGGGGUUACAUUUGGCAUGUGGGGGGAUGACUCAGUCUUGCAUGCUUCAGUGCAAGUCCAAAGAAGAUUAGUGCAUGAGGUGUAUUUAGUGCAGCUUGCUGUGCUUCCGCUUGCAGUCCUUGGAGAUAGGUAAUCCAAUUACCUCAGGGUACUGCGGUUCACACGAGAUUCUUCCAUAUUUCAACCAACUGAAAAUUCACAAGCUUAUUAAGGGGUACUGUAGACCGGGUUUGGACUUGUGGGAUUUCUAGUUGUGGGUUGCAUUUCCCAUUUGUCCUAGCAAACACAGUGGUAUUGCAUUCCAACAAUAUUUGGGUGCUGGCUUGGUUUUCACCCCUUCUUUGUAGUGUAUGUUAAUCCUGCCCCAGCACUUGGAAAAGUUAUUAUUUUGGACUACAUCUCCCAGAAUCUUCCAUCUGGCAUAGGCUCUUAUCCAUAGGGGGCAGUAGCCAGGCUACCUGGCAAAUUAUGGGGAGUCCAAAAAGACAACUUUUUCAACCUCUGCAUUUUUCCAUGGUUUUGUGAAGAGAAAAGCAACACUGAGCCAGUUUACUGUCAAAUGCUUAUCUUCAUGAUAGGUAUCUCCCACAUCAUUCAACAAAAUCAAUGUUUUUGAUAUCUCUUUAAAGACUGAGGGCCCUUCCACACAGCCCUAUAUCCCAGAAUGGCAUGGCAGAAAAUCCCACAUUAUCUGUGUGUGGACUCAGAUAACCCAGUUCAAAGCAGAUAUUGUGGGGUUUUCUGCCUUGAUAUUCCAUCUGUAAAAGGCACCAUUUUCAAGAUUAAUAUGAUUGAAGACAUCCACAUAGUUAUACAAAGCAAGCUCAAAUCAUAACAUGGGGAAAGUACCUUUAGUUGUGUAGGGCUGUGUGGAAGGGCCCUGGGUCCACACUGCCCUAUAUCCCAGUUCAAAGCAGAUAAUGUGGGAUUUCAUUCAGCAGUAUAUCCCAGAAUAUCAAGGCAGAAAAUCCCACAAUUUCUACUUUGAGCUGGGUUAUCUGAGUCCACACUCAGAUAAUGUGGGAUUUUCUGCCUUGAUAUUCUGGGAUAUAGGGCUGUGUGGAAGGACCCUGAGGGCCCUUCCAGUCAGGCCCUAUAUCCCAGGAUCUGAUCCCAGGUUUUCUGAAUAUCCCAGAUUAUCUGGCAGCGCGGGCUCAUAUAAUCGACUUUAAAGCAGAAAACCUGGGAUCGGAUCCUGGGUUAUAGGGGCUGUCCGGAAGGACCCUGAAUAUCUUAGUACACUCCUCUUGUUGGAACAGAGAUGGCAGGUUAGAAAAAGAGAUGAGCAAGUGGAUUGUUGUAGGUUUUUUCGGGCUAUAUGCCAUGGUCUAGAGGCAUUCUCUCCUGACGUUUCGCCUGCAUCUAUGGCAAGCAUCCUCAGAGGUAGUGAGUCACUACCUGAGGAUGCUUGCCAUAGAUGCAGGCGAAACGUCAGGAGAGAAUGCCUCUAGACCAUGGCCAUAUAGCCCGAAAAAACCUACAACAACCCAGUGAUUCUGGCCAUGAAAGCCUUCGACAAUACAGAGAUGAGCAAGCUAGACAAGAACACACUUUUUUUGGUAUGGUUGUUUAUUAUCAUGUUGUAAAAUGCAACACCAUUGGUUUUGUAAUCCUUAAAAUAAAUCUUACUUUCAGAA